CUUUACUUCGACGUGGCUUCCCCAAUCCACGACAUCGAGUACAGACGGAACUCGUCAUACAGUGUCCAACAGAUACCCCUGUGUAACGCCAAUCUUGACAAGCCAGCUGCAGACAAAGAAUUGACCAAUAUGACCAUCAACUUUCAGCGCAAUCCCUUGCAAUGGAAUAUCAACGUAAAGCGUGAUGAAGGCAUUCGCGUUCGUGAUGUUUUCGAGGCGAUCUAUUCAGCUUUUGACAUACCGCUUACACCUCACGAGAAGAGCUUGAUCCCGCCCCGCCUCCGUGUGGGGUGCGAGGAGGCAUUUAGGCUUCGCUGCAACCUUGCGCCGGUGCUUCCGAUCGUGCAGAAAAGCCAAGGCUGGAAGCGUGUAGACGCACUUCUGCAUGAAACCCUCUUCCGCGGCCUGACUCAGUCAAAGUCGGGAGGAGAUUGGACAUUGAAUCUC